AUGGGUAUCCAACGCAGCGGUCAGACAUCUCGAGUCGAUUUCUUCGACACCGCGGACCAACUGAUUCAGGAAUAUGGACAGCUCCAGGUUCUGGAUGACCUGAUCCGUUUGCGAGCGGCCGAUCUUGUCCAACACCCGAUUCUUGCCUAUCCUCGAUCAGCGAGCCAUGUCGCGUCCUAUGACUACUAUAGCGGUCAAGACUUGAAUACCAUGAUCAACCAAGCGGCGACGAUGCUUAUGGACCUUGGCUUUCAGACGGUAGGUCUGCCGAUGCCGUCCGACCUCACCUAUUCUGACAGCUCUUCUCAGCCAAGACGAAACAAAUCGGUUGUCGCGCUCCUUGCCUUGUCAGAUCGAGACAUGGUCGUGACAUUCUUUGCUCUGAGCCGGCUGGGCUACAUUGUGAUGAUGCUUUCGCCAAGAUUGUCGGGCAAGGCGUGCGUGUCUUUGUUAGAGGCGGUGGGAUGCGAGUCCAUUGUGUACGGGGAAACCCCCAGCAUCCGCUCGAUGGUGGGUAGCAUUUUGCAACGGAAGCUGGUGAGCUGCCGUCCGCUUCCUCGAAGCUCUUUGAACACCAAAGCUGAGCCCAGAUUCUUCUUCCUUUGCCGCGAUCGUGAUCCCGACAAGACCGCCGUGAUCCUGCAUUCUUCAGGUUCCACUGGCAACCCCAAACCGGUGUUCCUUACCCAUCGAGCGCUCAUGACACACCCUCUGAAAGGACCUGGACUCACAUCGUUCAAUCCUCUUCCCUGGUGUCAUCUGCACGGACUAUCCACCGCACUCCAGGCCAUGUGGAGGAGAAAGACCGCGUACCUGUGGAAUGCCGCACUGCCAAUGACAGUGGAGCUUGUGCUCACCGCCCUGGAAGAAGCUCGACCCGAGCUGAUAGCCGCAGUCCCGUCCAUGCUGCAGCUGUUGGUGGAUGAUCCUCGUGGCAUUGCGGCGCUGCGGAGAUGCACGCUGGUCACGUACGGGGGUGCUCCCUGCCCCGAUGAAUUGGGCGAUCGCUUGAUCAGGGAAGGUGUCACCUUUGGAGGUUCAUUCGGCCUCACCGAGGCAGGUCUUGUGGCAGAUUCGAUUUCACGGACCGAAGACGACCCCGGUUGGAACUGUCUGCAAUUAUUUGACAGUGUGCGACCAUAUGUUUGGAUGAAACCCAUCAGCGAAUCCAAACCUCUCUACGAAUGCGUGUACCUGGCCGGUCACCCGGCUUUGACCACAUCCAAUUCAGACGAUCCACCCGGGUCCUUCCAUUCCAAGGAUGUAUUCGCUCCUCAUCCUACGAUGCCGGGGCGCUGGAAGUACCUGUGGAGACUGGACGAUCGCGUCACCCUCGUCAAUGGCGAAAAAGUUUUGCCACGUUCUAUGGAAGGCCACGUCAAGCAACAUCCGCUGGUCCACGAAGCGGUGGUGGUGGGAGUGGGCAAAGCCACUCCGGGGCUUCUGAUCUUGCGCUCGGAGGAAGCCGAGUCUGAUCGUCUGCCGGAUGAGGACUACCUCAAUGCUGUCUGGCCGUUCAUUGAAGAGGCUAAUCGCCAGGCAGAGGCCUUUGCUCAGAUUACACGGGACAUGGUGGCGAUCCUGCCGUACACUGCAAAGUUCCCCCGAACAGACAAAGGCUCUAUGAUACGAGCACAAGUCUACCAGAAAUAUGCGGAGUUGAUCGAGACCCUGUACACCACGGAGGAGCGACCCAAUGCGGGUCUCCAACUAGGCUUGGUCGAGACGCAGUCUCACCUCCUUCAGCUGUGUUGGGAUGAACUCGGAAUCUCUAUCUCAAGCAUAGAUGCCGAUCUCUUUUCUGAAGGCGUCGACAGCCUGAAAGCAAUGCACCUCCGUCGCUUGAUUCUGCAGCAAUUCAGGUUUGGCCCCUGCCACUCUCCGAGUCUAAACUCGGUAUUUGAAAUGGGCACUCUCUCGCAGCUAGCCCUCUACAUCUGCGCGCUGCAGAGCGGAGAUAGCCUCUCGACGGCCGAAGACAGUAUCUUACUCAUGGAAAACUUGAUCAAGAAAUACUCCUCAUUUUGGAAACACCUUUCUUGCCCGGCAACCCCCCGGAGGACAAAGAGCGUGCUGUUGACAGGAGCCACUGGCUCAGUGGGCGCACACGUGCUGUUCGAAUUGCUGAACGAUGACUCGGUGUCGACCGUGUACUGUCUCACGCGGAGGGCAUCUCCGUUAAAGGCAGUGCGCGGCAGCCUGUUCGAAAGGGGCCUGUUGCUUUCGCCGGAACAGACUUCAAAGGUUGUGGCACUAAACGGCUCACUGGACCGGCCUGACUUUGGUCUGGACCCAGUGGGGAAGACCUUUCAUCGUAUGCUAGACUCUGUGUCUUUAAUCAUCCAUACGGCAUGGCCAGUCAACUUCAACCUCCCCCUCGCUCAAUUCGAGCCACACCUCCGGGGACUAUACAACCUCAUUUUGUUUUCACUUUCGGUCCGAAGACUUGAACCUGCGGUCAUGUUGUUUUGCUCUUCCAUCUCUACAGCGCUGGGUGCCUCCUCUCCCACAAUCGAAGAGGAAGCAGUCGAUCUCAACAGCGCGCUGAUGGGCUACGGUCAGUCCAAGUUGGUGGGAGAACGGAUGAUCAGCCUUGCACGCCGGUCAGGGGCAAGAGCGUACUCUCUCAGAAUUGGUCAAGUCUCGGGACAUUCGAAAAAAGGCCUGUGGAACGACUUCGAGGCAAUUCCUUUGAUGAUCCGAUCGGCACUGACUUUGCGAGCCCUGCCUGAACUAGAUCAGACCUGCUCGUGGCUUCCCGUGGACAAGCUGGCCACAGUAAUGCUCGAGUUGGCCGAGUCAUGCUCUGCGCCCGAGCGCGACGUUGAGCCAAGCCGCGCAUCCGACACGUCCGGGGUGGCCGAUCUUGACGACUCGAUCUACAACGUGUGUAAUUCGCGCGUGUUUUCUUGGUCGGAGCUGCUGGCAACUCUCCAACGAAGCGGAUUUCAAUUUCAGGUUUUGCCGUUUGAAGAGUGGCUUCAGUUGCUCCGCGAGAGUGGGGCACGAGGCGAAGAACAUAUCAACCCGGCAGUCAAACUGGUCCAUCAGUAUGAGAUGAUGCAUGGUGUCCAGUCUUCCAUCAAUCACAGCGGGACGAAAGUGUUUGCGACGGACAAGGCUGAAAGAGAUAGCGUGACUCUACGCAGCGGUUGCUUGAAUAUUGUCCAAGACGACAUCCUGGACUGCUAUGCCCGAGACUGGCUUCUGAGGUGGACAGCUUAUUAA